UUGACAUUCAUGACACAUUAAAAUCAUAAAUAAAGAGUGUGUGUAGUGCUCGUUGGUUGAACUGUGUACCAAAUACAAAACAAUUGCCUGGCCACUAUUUCGUUCUUUAAAAUGACAUUUAACGUUACGGAAGAGUCUAUAAAAAGGGCUCUAGAGAAUGGUGAUCAUUUUAGUGAAGCGGUCAGAGAUAUUAGUCAUGACAUUGAAUCCAAGAAGACAGACAUCUCAACACUUGUCGAAAGUCUCGGAUUUGCAUUGAUCUCUACCGAAGUAGAAUUGCGAGCCAAAGCAACCAAUUUCUUGUCUACUGUUAUGGCUACCCUGCCAAAGGAAUUGCUCAACGAUGUGCAGCUCAAUUUCAUAUCCACUUUCUACUGCGACCGGUUAAAAGAUCAUCAUUCGGUUAUGCCCGGCGUAUUCACUGGCAUGGUGGCAUUGGCUUCGAUGAAAAAUUUGCCACAAGGGUCGACAACGCGACUGCUACAGUCAAUGUUUCAACACAUCUCGUGCCAGAGUCAGGUUCGAGAAGAUCGAGAGAAGAUUUUCGAAUUUUUGCGCAUUGUUUCGGAACGGCAAUCUGAAGAACUGCUUGCAAUGGGACCGGACUUCGUUUACGGUGUCAUCAAUUCCAUUGAUGGCGAACGGGAUCCACGAAUUUUGAUUCAAAUUUUCGACUUUUUGCCGGCAUUUUUCCGUCGAUAUCCUCUGCGCCAUUUGGCUGAAGAAUUUUUCGAGGUGUGCGCUUGUUACUUUCCCGUCGAUUUUCAUCCCGCUCCCAACGAUCCAGCCGCAAUAACACGCGACAAAUUAGCGGAAAAACUGGCCAAUUGUUUGUGCGGAACGGAAGACUUUGCUGAAUUUUGCAUACCGCUUCUGUUGGAGAAGCUGGACAGUGGACUGAAUGUGGCAAAGUUGGACUCGUUACGUUUGCUGACCAAGGCAUCGACAGCAUUCAAAGCAUCAGACAUUGAGUCACAAUUCACCAGCAUUUGGUUAGCGCUAAAAGUUGAAUUAUUGCCGGGCACAAGCAAGGACGUCACAGUCGCUGCAUUGAACACGCUACAAGAGUUGAUCAAAAAUGUUGCCGUCGAUGAAGCGACGGGCUCUAACCUUCUGACAACGAUAUUCGACACAAUUUUACAGUCUCUUGCUGACGUAGACGCACGACUAUUCAUUCCUUCAACUGCCGUCGCAUUGGUUUGUGCGAGAGGGAAUACAUUUUCUGCCAAGAUUGUGAGCAGCAAGGUAUUGCCAGUGUUCUUAACGCAAAUUCGUAUCAAUUCGGAGAAAACGGUUCAGCGAUGCACUCUUAUCGAUUUUGUGGCAAAAUUUCUCGUGGUUUGCAACGUCAAUGGUAAAUUGAACGAAGUGAUUGAGCCGGGUGUUAUGGAUACAAUUCAGCGUGAAUUACUGCUGUGCAUAAUGGAUACACAGUCGAAUCAGGAUCUAAUUGAAGUCGGCGUAAAUUCGUUCACCAAAAUAUCUGCAUUCGUAUCGCCGGACAACCGAGUGACGGUGUAUGAUGCAAUCCAGAAGUACUUGGGCCGAAACGAUGGUGAUGUUGAUGUCAAACCACUUUUGAAAGAGUUUGCUAAUGUAAAUCCAAUCGAGGUGCACGACAAAGUUGUCAGCCGAUUGUUGAACGACACAGACUUUUCGAAAGAUCCGAAAGUUUCGAACAAAAUUUUCGACGCUCUGUGCGUUCUGAUCGGUGUACCAGAGUUGAGAGAAGAGAUUUUGAAAUUCAUUUUCAAGUCAGCCUUCGAUAUGGGUUCGGCCACCCAAUUGCUGGCGCUACAGAAUCUUCGUAAACUAUUGGAAACCACCCAAACCAGCGAAUUGUUAGUUGAACUGUCUGCCAAAUACAAGAUUGUCGAUCAAUUUGUGCAAUUCGUUCAUAAUAAUCCGGCGUUGGAUAGUGACAUCUUAUACCAAAUUUCGAUUAUCUUAAGACUGGUCGUCCAGUCAUUGGAUGCGAAAGCGCAGCAAGACAUCGUCAAAACGUAUCUGACGAAAAUGAACUUACAGACUACUCAGGACUUGUAUCUGACGUCUGGCAUCCUGGGAUUUCUCGAUGAUACCAUCGAUCUGGAGGAUCACUUUGACCACAUCGUUAGCGAACUAACGAAAUUGGCAUUGUUGAGUGCGGACAAGAAACUUACCCAAAUUGCGCAUCACUUGCUGUGCAGUUUGUUUAACAGAGCUGAUGAAUCGGAGUUAAAGAAAUCGGUACUGAAACGCACGAUCAGUUUUUUGAAGGAGGAAAUCGUGAAAGGCGAUAAAAAAGCGGUGGAAAUUUUGUCGUGGAUUGCCAAAGGAUUAAUGGUACGUGGGCACACGGAUGCGGCGGAGCUCGUCGAAUCGAUCCUUGAACUACUCGACCAUCCCACAUUAGCCCAUGCGGCUGCACUAGCAUUCGAAAUAAUUUCGUUGGAACAUCCCGGUCUUCAUUUGCCCGUAUUGAAGCACCUGUUCAAGCAAAAACUUUUCCAAAUUGUGCUGAAGAAGCUGUGGAGCAAACUGGUCGAUUUCACCGAACAUCAUUUGACCGCAUUCGUUCAUGUGCUUCGCAUCACACCGCACAUUGUGCUGAAGAUGAACUUGGACAAGGUUGGUCCAAUUUUGUUUAAGUGCCUGGAAUCGCAGGCAGUUACUCCACUACUCGUAUCAAUGGACAUCUGCAAUGGAUUUCUUAAGGAUAAGGACAGUUACUUCCAAGACCACUUUCAGCACAUCAUCGCCAAUUUCCUUCGACUGACAAAAUACAAAGAUUGCAUGAAAGUGCGCAUUGCAGCCCUGCAAUGUCUGUUAAUAGUUAGCGAAUAUCCCGUUUUCGUUGUGGUCCCCUACAAAUACGAUGUAUUGCGAGAACUCCAAACUGUGCUGGAUGACCCGAAGCGUCUGGUUCGAAAUGCAGCCGUUCAAACGCGAAAUCGUUGGUUCCUGAUCGGAUCAGCGGAGAAGAAAUGAAAGAAUUUGUUGGACUAAUUUCUGUUGUUGGCAAAUAAAAAUUUUCUAAAAUUUUA